AUGGCAGUCUUCACCACGCCCACCCUGCGCAACGCGAAUGACAUAAAGUCCGCCGCUGCCCAGCUUAGCCGCCGCUAUCUCAGCUCCAACACCGUCCAGCAUGGCGCCACGAGGCUCCUCCAGGCCGGCGCUGGAACCCACUCCAGCCAUCCUUCCUUCCUCCAUCUCGUCCUCCUGGUCUUCGAAGCCGUGCUAGAAGUCGUCUGCGUCAGUCUUCCGGGAUACAUCGCCGCCAGGCAGGGCAUGUUCGAUGCCGAUGCCCAGAAGCUGGUCGCCAACCUGAACGUGGCUCUCUUCACGCCUUGUCUGGUGUUUACGAAAUUGGCCUCGCAGCUCACCGCGGAGAAGCUUACCGAUCUCGCCAUCAUACCCGUCAUCUUCAUCAUCCAGACCUCCGUCUCAUACUUCUGUUCCGCCGUCGUUUCGCGAUGCUUCCGAUUCAAGAAGAGACAGGCCAACUUUGUCGCGGCUAUGGCGGUUUUUGGCAACUCCAACUCGCUACCCAUCUCCCUCGUUAUAUCUCUCUCGCAGACACUGAAAGGCUUACACUGGGAUCAGAUCCCCAAUGACACUGACGACGAAGUGGCAGCUCGGGGCAUCCUGUAUUUGCUGAUCUUCCAGCAGUUGGGUCAGCUGGUUCGAUGGAGUUGGGGGUACCAUGUGUUGCUGGCUCCCAGAGAGCGAUAUGCCGAAGAAGACACCGUCCAUUCGAUAGAGAGUGGCCAGGCACACUAUACGGAUAAUCCUGAACAAACAGACCCGGAUGAGCCCUUGCUCCGAACCAGAACGUCCGACGAUGGCCCGGGAGAGCAGUCUUUUUCCGGACUGUCGACCGCGUAUGGGUCUGGUAGUCAGACUCCGGUCACUGACCGGGCCUAUUCCUAUACCAAACUGCCCGCCCUCGAUACGAACCCACAGGAUCGGGAGGAGGGCUAUGAUGAUGAGGAUGAGGAUCGGCCGCUCUCGAUGAUCGGGCCUCCUCCCAGUGGGCCUUUCCUGCCUCGCCAGAGCUCCACCGGAGAUAUCCUGACCUUCCCCAACGUUGAGGUGCGACGACGCGACGCGCCGGCGGCUAGUGGUGUGAAGGGUCUGUAUUAUCGAUACAGACGGUCGGCACGGCAAUUGCGCAACCGGAUGGCGCGUUUCGUGAAGGACAAGGGCCACCAAGUUUUCGAGUCGUUACCAGCUUCUGUACGGAGAGGUCUCACGGUCUCUACGUCCUGGACAGGCCGAUUCUUCCACGGCCUCUGGGAAUUUAUGAAUCCGCCUCUGUGGGCGAUGUUGGUUGCCAUCAUAGUGGCAUCAGUCCCGUCAUUGCAGCAUCUCUUCUUUGACGAAGGCACAUUUGUGCGCAACUCGGUGACUCGCGCCAUCGACCAAAACGGCCAGGUGGCCGUUCCGCUGAUUCUGGUCGUCCUGGGGGCCAACCUGGCGCGGAACACGCUGCCCAAAGAAGCCGCAGAGGACGAGGAAGAUCCGCAAGAGGAGCGCAAACUCAUCGUCGCGUCACUGAUCGCGCGAAUGCUGCUCCCGACGCUGAUCAUGGCGCCCAUCCUUGCGCUGCUGGCAAAGUAUGUCCCCGUGAGCAUCCUGGACGACCCGAUCUUCAUCGUCGUCUGCUUCCUGCUCACGGGCGCACCGUCGGCUCUGCAGCUGGCGCAGAUCUGUCAGAUCAACAAUGUGUACAUGGGUGCGAUGUCGCAGCUGCUGUUUCAGAGUUACGUAGUCUGGAUUCUCCCUUCUACGCUCGUGCUGGUCAUGUGUGCUCUUGAGGUGGUCGAAUGGGCUACCCAGCCAUAA